AUAGUUUGAAGUAUUUCAAUUCAGAAAAAAAAUAAAUUAAAAAAAAUCAUGAAUUUGGAUUCGUUAAUUUCGUCGUCGGGUAUCCGUUCAGAGACAUUGACUGCUACACUGAAUCGUCACAAUUAUCCAACAGCAAAUCAAACAAUGCCUCAACGUUCGCCUUUCGCUAUACAAGAAUUGCUUGGCUUAAACGAUUCAUCACGACAGACAUCGAAUGGAACGUCCGCAAACACUGGAAGUCAAAGUAUUUCAAGUGGUUCUUCAGUGCCCUCAGUUGCACCAUCGAUUUAUUCACAAACAAAUCCAGUUGAUCACCAUCAAAUGCAAAUGGCAUCAAGAAUGGCCUAUUUUAAUGCACAUGCUGCUGCUUUUAAUGUCGCUGCUGCAUUUUUACCCCAUAAUAUGGCAGCGUCUGGAACUGGCCCACUAGGCCUUCAUCCACAAGCAACUGGUUUUUCACAACUCAAGACAUCGUUCGCUUCGGGAAAUGGAAUGCCAGCAACACCAAUUGAUCCUACUAAAGACUUCACUGUAGACGGUAUAAAUGGUUUUAGCAAAAAGAAAAAGAAGAAAAGACGUCAUAGUCGAACAAUUUUUACAAGUUAUCAACUUGAUGAGUUGGAAAAAGCAUUCAAAGAAGCUCACUACCCAGAUGUUUAUGCCCGCGAAAUGCUGUCGCUUAAAACAGAUCUUCCCGAAGAUAGGAUACAGGUGAGUCGCAUGAUCAUUUUUCGUUAUGGUGUUGUUGUUCAUGUACUCUACAAACAACCGCCAUAA